AUGGGCACAACGACCCAGCCGCCGCCGCCGGCGUCGACAUCGACGACAGCAGCAGCAGCCAUUAGUGAGAAGGACGUGGAGAGCCAGAACCGCGGUACCAACCGCGUGUCGCACUUCUCGCUCGUCUUCAACCCGUCGGGCCUGACGCCCGAGGUGCUCGAGCACGUGUACCCAGGGCACGGCACGGCCGAGUCGCCGUACGUGGUCGACUUCCUACCGCGCGACGCCCGCAACCCCAUGCAGUUCGCGCCGUGGCGCAAGUGGGUCAUCACGGCGCUGCAGGCCAUCGCCACGCUGGCCGUCGCCUUCGCCAGCACCGCCUACUCGGGCGGCAUUAUUCAGGUCAUCCGCGACUUCCACAUCUCGACCGAGCUGGCCAUUGUCGGCAUCUCGUUGUUCGUCGUCGGCUUCGCCGUCGGCCCGCUGCUGUGGGCGCCCCUGAGCGAGUUCUACGGCCGCCAGAUCAUCUUCUUCACCACCUACGCCGUCUUCACCGCCUUCAACGCUGGCGGCGCCGGCGCCCAGAACAUCCAGACCCUCAUCGUCCUCCGCUUCUUUGCCGGCUCCUUUGGCUCGUCGCCCCUGACAAACUCGGGCGGCGUCAUUGCCGACAUGUUCUCCGCGAAUGAGCGAGGUAUGGCGAGUGGCGUGUUCGCAACCGCCCCGUUCCUCGGCCCUGCCAUCGGACCCAUUGUUGGCGGCUUCCUGGGCGCGGCUGAAGGCUGGCGCUGGGUCCAAGGCGUCACGGCCAUCUUUACGGGAGUGCUGUGGAUUGCAUGCGUCCUGUUCGUGCCCGAGACGUACGCGCCGGUGCUGCUGCGCAAGCGGGCGGCGGAGCUGACAAAGGUGACGGGCAAGUUCUACGUCUCCAAGGUAGAUGCGCCCAACUGGGAGCACCGGGGCCGCAAGGGUGAGAAGAUGAAGCAGAUCAAGACGGCCAUGGUGCGGCCGUGGGUGCUGCUGUUUUCCGAGCCCAUCGUGUUCCUGACGUCCAUCUACAUGGCCAUCGUGUACGGGACGCUGUACAUGCUCUUCGCCGCCUUUCCCAUCGUGUUUCAGCAGUACCGCGGGUGGAGCGCCGGCGUGGGCGGACUGGCGUUUAUCGGUGUCGCUGUUGGCGUGCUGAUCGCCGUGUCGUACUGCAUGUACGACAACAAGCGCUACACGCGCGAGGCGGCGGCGCACGGCGGGGUGGCUCCUCCCGAGGCGCGACUGUUCUGCGCCAUGAUCGGGUCGGUGCUGCUGCCCGUCGGGCUCUUCUGGUUCGCUUGGACCAACAGCCCGUCGGUCCACUGGAUCGUGCCCAUUAUCGCGUCGGGUUUCUUCGCGUGCGGGCUAGUGCUCGUGUUCCUGUCGCUCAUGACAUACCUAAUCGACAGCUAUACCGUCUUCGCGGCGUCGGUGCUGGCGUCCAACUCGGUGCUCCGGUCGCUGUUCGGAGCCGCGUUCCCCUUAUUCACCACGUACAUGUAUAAGGACUUGGGCAUCCACUGGGCCAGCACAAUCCCGGCCUUCCUCGCACUGGCCUGCAUGCCCUUCCCCUUCCUCUUCUACCGCUACGGCGCCGCCAUCCGCAUGCGCUGCAAGUACGCGUCCGAGGCGGCUGCCAUCAUAGCUCGCAUGCGCGGUGCCGCGGCGGCGGGCGCCGGAGCGGGCCCGACAGAACCGCUGGAGGUUAUCACCGAGGACCAGGCCGAGGCCGAGGCCGAGAUCAACAACGAGAUCAGGAAGACGGCGAGCCGGGCCAGCCGGGCCAGCCGCCGCAACAGCCACGCGCGCAAGGACAGCGGCCUACUGUCGCGCUUCAUGUCCAACCGUUCGCAGCGCCUCGACGAGGUCCCGCGCGAGCAGCCGGAGCAGCAGCUACAGGGCGUGCGGCCGUCGAGCGACGACGAGGGCACCAUUGUCGGGAACCACACCGACGACGAGCUAAGGGAGAAGGAGAAGGAGAAGGAGAAGGAGUGUGGCGGCAGCCAUGAUAAUACUAAUGUGGUAUGA